CUAAUUUUUUUCAUAUGAGGUAAGAAGAAAUGGCUGAAAAUUCUACACUGUCUAUAAAAGAUUUUCCGAAUUAUAUUGCAUCCGUCAAUAUCUGGAAAUAUUUGUCACCAUGUCUGAUCAUUGUUGGAACAUUUGCAAAUAUUCUGUCCAUCAUUGUUCUACUACGGAAGUCCAUGCGGAACUCUACAACCAUGUUCUAUUUAACUAUUCUUGCGUUCGGAGACCUUUCUGUUUUAUACACUGGACUUUUACGACAAUGGCUCCGACAUGCUUUUGACAUUGAUUUAAGAUCGUUUUCGAAUUUUGGAUGUAAAUUGCAUGUAUUUCUUGUAUAUUUUUCUUUAGAUUUUAGCACCUGGAUUUUGGUUGCUGUGACAAUUGAUCGAUGUAUAUCGGUGUGUUUGCCAUUCAAAAGCAAAGACUAUUGUACCAUGAAACAUGCUAAGAUAGCAGUUACAUCAAUUUGCUUUCUGUUAUGUGCUUUAAAUGGCCAUUUAUUUAAAACAGUUGCUAUAGAUGGAAACAAAGGAUGUUAUGGGAUAUCUAGUUUUAUUCUAUCCGUUUGGCCAUGGAUUGAUUUAUGCGCUUUUUGUAUUGGCCCAUUUGCAGUAAUGAUGGUAUGUAAUAUUUUUAUUAUUCGCCAAAUUGUGAUGUCAAACAAACGUAUUGAGAGCCAUAAAGAUCCUGUCAGCCGGAAUCUAAAAAUAGAGCUGCCAAUCCCUUCUACUUCCAGUGCAUAUCGCAAUGGGCAUGUUCCCAAGACAAAUGGACGUCACAGUAAAAAUAAACGGCGCUUAAGGAAAAUUUCACACGUGACCAUAAUGCUUUUAACCGUAAACAUUGUGUAUUUUACAUGUACUUUGCCAAUAGCUAUUUAUUUGAUUGGAUACAAAUUUUGGGUUCCUGGAGCAUCCUCUGAAAGACGGGCAGCUUUAGACCUUGUUUGGGCAAUUUCGAAUUUCUUACAAUAUACAAACAAUACCAUUCAUUUCUUUAUGUAUUGUUUGACAAGUCCAAAGUUUAGGAAAGAGUUAUUUAACUUGUUUGAUGUGAAGCACACGCAUGUGGAGUUCGAACCUUCCGCAGCUUAUCACCAGGAUAAAGCAAACGUGACAAAAUUCUGAUGAUAGAGAAGGACAUAACAAAUAUUGAGUAGAAUCUUAUGUAACGUAAAAUGUUCAAACAUGAACAAAAAAAUACCUCAUUCAUUGUACUUUUGUGAUAUUAAUAAAUCUUUUAAAUAAUAGAUAACAGAGCAGUAUAUAAUUCUUUGUUAACUACUGAA